CCCAGCAUCGCCGGCUCAACUUCCCUGAAGAUCAAGCACCCCCAUCCUAUCUUGCGCUUCUGUCACGGCUGGUAAGGGUUCUGGAAGGGCAAUUGCUAUUGUUCGUCAUAUAUGAACACUCAAAAUGCCUGAAGCCGUCACCAUGCCCCAGAAGCGGGUGCUGGGCGAGGCAACGAACAACCCUCGCGGCAGCACUCCGAAGUCACCAACUGCGCUCAAGAAACGCAAGCUCGAGAAUGGGCCUUCUUUCAGAGCCAGCCAGGGCCCACAGGCCCAGCGGAGAGUCCCUGGCUCCAGUCAGCCACAAAAGAGCCAGUUCGAGGAGGAAGUUCUCGAGAAGUUGACCCAAGAUAUGAAUGGGUUAAAACGGAACAACUCGGAGAAGGAUCAGCAAUGGGAGCGUCCGCCGCUCGGCGAGUUUGACCCUUCCAAGGAUAAUAUUUGUUUCCAACAGAUCGAUGCGGAGGAGGGUGCAAUUCACGGCGGGAAAACCGCAGUUCGACUUUUUGGAGUUACAGAGGCCGGCCAGUCUGUUCUGCUCCAUGUCACAGGUUUCCAACACUAUUUGUACAUCGCGGCCCCCGUGAACUUUACGAAAGACGACUGCGAGCCUUACCGAGCGUUCCUCGAAAGUCGGAUCGGACAAUUUCAACCUACAAUCCAGUCGGUACAGAUAACAAUGAGGGAAAACAUAUACGGCUUUCAAGGCAAUCAGAAGAGUUAUUACCUCAAGAUCACGGUCACAGAACCGAAGCACGUCAGCAAACUCCGCGGCGCUUUGGAGAGCGGAGGUGCGCAGAGUCUCAACUACAAGGGUCUCUGGAAUAACUCCGAUGGCGGAAUUCUGACAUUUGACAACAUCCAAUACCUUCUUAGGUUCAUGAUUGAUGUUGACAUCUCGGGCAUGUCAUGGGUUGAGGCGAAGGCCGGAAAGUACCGAAUAUUCGGUCCACGGGAGAAGAUGUCGAACUGUCAGAUUGAAGCGAGUAUAGAUUAUCGCGAUCUGAUUUCGCACCAUCCGACUGGCGAGUGGGCCAAGAUGGCACCCCUUCGUAUCUUAUCGUUCGAUAUUGAAUGUGCUGGUCGCAAGGGAAUCUUUCCAGAACCAAACCAAGACCCCGUUAUCCAGAUCGCGAAUGUUGUCACUCGUUACGGAGAGUCCAAGCCUUUCAUUCGCAACGUCUUUGUCAUGGACACAUGCAGUCUUAUCGUCAAUACUCAGGUUUUGGAGUUUCAGGAUGAGUCUAAGAUGCUGAUGGCUUGGCGCGACUUUGUCGAGAAAGUAGAUCCAGACGUCAUUAUUGGAUAUAACAUUGCCAACUUCGACUUUCCGUAUCUUCUGGAUCGGGCCAAGCAUUUGAAAUGUACUGGCUUCCCUUACUGGACUCGACUGAACGGGGUGGCGUCGAUCGCUAAGGACACGAACUUUUCCAGCAAGCAGAUGGGCAACCGCGACACGAAGUCGACAAACACUAACGGCCGAAUCCAGCUGGAUCUGCUUCAAUUGGUACAGAGAGACCAUCAUUUGCGAAGUUAUACAUUGAAUUCCGUUUCCUACGAGUUCUUGGGAGAACAGAAGGAAGAUGUGCACCACACGAUGAUCACUGAGCUGUAUAACGGCACGCCAGAUUCCAGGCGACGUUUAGCAGUUUAUUGUUUGAAGGAUGCAUACUUGCCUCAGAGACUGAUGGACAAACUGAUGUGUUUGGUCAACUACACUGAGAUGGCAAGAGUCACAGGUGUGCCUUUCAACUUCUUAUUGUCACGAGGUCAACAAGUCAAGUUCAUCAGUCAGCUGUUUCGAAAAGCAUUGGAGCAGCAGCUGGUUAUCCCCAACAUGAAGUCCACGGAUGAGCAGGAUUAUGAAGGUGCCACAGUCAUUGAACCUGUUAGGGGCUACUAUGGAGUGCCUAUCGCAACUCUUGAUUUCGCAUCCCUAUAUCCUUCUAUUAUUCAGGCGCACAACCUGUGCUAUACCACGUUGCUGAACAAGAACAGUGUAGAGAGGCUCAAGCUCAAGAAGGAUGAAGACUAUAUUGUGACACCAAAUGGCGAUAUGUUCUGUACAGCCAACGUCCGCAAAGGACUUCUGUCCCAGAUUCUCGAGGAACUGUUGACAGCCAGAAAGCGGGCAAAGAAGGAACUUGCUGUUGAGACUGAUCCAUUCAAAAAGGCAGUUCUGAAUGGAAGACAGCUGGCUCUGAAGAUCAGUGCCAACAGUGUUUACGGUCUUACGGGUGCAACCGUUGGAAAGUUACCAUGCUUGCCAAUCGCCAGUAGUACGACCAGUUACGGCCGUCAAAUGAUUGAGAAAACAAAGCAAGAGGUCGAAGCCAGAUAUACCAUCGCCAAUGGGUACUCCCAUGAUGCCAAGGUCAUCUACGGUGAUACUGACUCUGUUAUGGUAAAAUUCGGUGUGAGUGAGCUGGAAGAGGCGAUGAAGCUUGGACAAGAGGCAUCCGAGUAUGUCUCUUCGAAAUUCUUGAAACCCAUCAAGCUUGAAUUCGAGAAGGUCUAUUUUCCGUACCUCCUCAUCAACAAGAAGAGAUAUGCCGGGUUGUAUUGGACGAAUCCCAAGAAGUACGACAAGAUGGACACCAAGGGUAUCGAAACCGUUCGCCGUGACAAUUGCUUGUUGGUACAGAAUGUCAUCGAGACGGUGUUGCACAAGAUCCUGAUUGAUCGAGAUAUUGAUGGUGCCCAAGACUAUGUCAAGGACACUAUCUCGGAUCUCUUGCAAAACAAAGUGGACAUGUCAAAGCUUGUGAUUACCAAGGCACUUUCUAAAGAUGCAUACACAGCGAAGCAGGCGCACGUGGAACUUGCCGAGCGUAUGCGGAAACGUGACGCUGGAUCUGCGCCUACCCUUGGAGAUCGUGUCGCGUACGUCAUCGUGAAGGGUGCUGGAGGUUCGAAAAACUACGAGCGAUCCGAGGAUCCUAUCUAUGUCUUGGAGAACAACAUUCCUAUCGACACCAAGUACUACCUUGACAACCAGCUCGCCAACCCACUGGGUCGUAUCUUCGAGCCUAUCCUUGGCGAGAAAAAAGCCAGCCAACUUCUUACCGGCGAACACACUCGGUCCAUCUCUGUCGCCGCACCAACUAUGGGAGGGCUGAUGAAAUUUGCGAAGAAGACCCAAACGUGCUUGGGUUGCAAGAAACCCCUAUCGCGUAAAGAGGAAAUGGCCGGUGCUGUGUGCGAAUACUGCCGCCCUCGCCUUGGCGAACUCUACAGUAGAUCUUUGAACAAAGUGUCGGAUUUGGAGGUCCGUUUUGGACGUCUGUGGACGCAGUGUCAGCGGUGUCAAGGUAGUUUGCACAGCGAGGUCAUUUGCUCUUCUCGCGAUUGUCCUAUUUUCUACAUGCGUAUGAAGGCGAAGAAGGACGUUGAAGACUCGCAGAAAGAGCUGGCUCGAUUCGAUUUUGACGCUGGUGCAUGGUGAUUAUGAUAUCUAGGUUGGGUAUAUGUUACAUGCGUUGUAUAUCUACUUCAUUGAUUGUUUGGACCUGGGCGCAAUGGC